CGCAUGCAGCUGUAGUGUUGCUCAGAAACUGACAGUGAACGGAUAGACAUGCAGAUCUGCGCGGUUACCACACUGAUACUGCUGCUAGCUGUGGCCUCACCUGCAGUAGGCCUUCCUGUUCGGUACGACCAGCGCCAGGAAGGCGAUUUGAACGUCCACGCGAAUUUGGAGAACUUCUUCAUCGUGUUAAUACCAAAUAAUGGAGCAUUAAGUCUUUUAGACCUAGUACCUCCGUUGAGAAACGCCAAUCGACAUGGGGCAAAGCAGUCUGCUGUUGAGAGUGAUGAUAAUACUGUUCACAAAUACGUGCUGCCGAGCGCUGGGAUGAAGUCUGCGUCGCCUUACAAAGUCGACCUUGACAAGAACGCUAAAGCGCCCGUUGGAGGAGAGGUUCUCAUAGCGCAGUCGCCAACUUCUGCAGCGCCGAAGACAGAAUCAGAGCCACCAACAACUGUUUCUUCGGACGAUGGGGUGACGAUACAAGAACCUACAGAAGAGACGAUUGGACAAGACAAGAACACUUCUUCCGAAGACGCAGAUGCAGUUACAGAUUCUCCUGUUGUUAAGGUCAGCGAGGUCAAAGACGACGUUCCUGUAAUCGAUUCUGAGACACUAAAGCCAUCAAAAUCUUCAAAGUCCAUCGAUAUAGCUGUGAGCGUUCCUCUAAUUGCACUGAGAAAGACGUCUCAAGAAGAUAUUCCUGUAAUCGAUUUCUCCCCUUCCGACCGGAAGUCAUUCCGGUUCGAAUAUGGACGUGCAGACACAGAGGAGCUGAAACCUUUCACUUCCGGCGCGGACAGCCAGCGCCGCCACACGAAGGAAAGAAGCGGUCAGAUGUUCGACCCAGAUCGCCUACUCCCAGUCUUACGAUUUGGACUUUCACCGGCUGACGACUGAAAUUUCUCGAAAACCG